AUGGGCUGUGGGUCAUCCUAAACAGAAGCUCCUGAGUUAUAAAAAGGACACCAUUCUUAAAAAACCAAUAUUUCUUCCCCUGAUUCUGAAUUAGCUGAUAAAUAAAAGCUUUAUUAAAGAGGUACAAUAGAUUAUUUUAGCUUUAGGAAACUAUUUACUCAAAAAAGGAAAGUAUGAUUAAGCUAUCAAUUUAUUUGACAGAGUCUUAGAAAUUGAUCCAGAAUUUGCUGAUGCAUAUUAUUCAAAAGGUAACUUAUUAUAUAAUUUAGCAAUUGUGGCUUUUGAAUAAAAUAAAAUAGAAGAUGCUUAAAAUCUACUUUAAAUAACCUUAGAAAAACAACCUGAUCAUGUUUAUGCUUUAAAUGAAGCAGGUUUUUUUUCAUAACCAUUUUAGGGUGCUUAAUGAUAAAAUAACGAAAAUUUACAGAAGCCUUAGAUUAUCUAGAAAAAGCCUUUGCAAAACAAUAAAACUUCUCAGAAGUGAAUUAUAGUUUAGGUACAUAUAGAUUAAUUCUUUGUUAAGCUUAUGCAUUAUCUAAAUUAAAUCGAAAAGAAGAGUCUUUAAAAUAUUAUGAUUUAGCCAUUUAAGAGGACGCAUAGCAAAAACAUUUUUAUAUCAAUAAGGCCACCACUUUGAUUGAAUUAAAUAAACAUGAAGAAGCUCUUAAAUGUGUAUCUGAAGCAUUAAAAUUAGAUUCAAAUUAUAUUGAAGCAUUAAUAACAUAAGGUACAAUAUUUAAUACAAAAACAAAGGGAAUAUAUAUAAAACUACAUAGUAAUAUGAGAAAAUGUAUGGUGUAUGCUUGGCAAUAUUGAAAUUAGAUAAUGAAAAUAAGUUGGUUCUCUAAAUGAAAUAAGAAGCUGAAAAAAAUUUAAAUAUUUAAAUAACUGAUUAACAAACUAGUACUAUUAUUUCAAUAGAAGAUAAGUUAAUUUUAGGUAUUGUUUAUAUAAUAUAGUAAAGCUGAAAAUUUACUAUCAGAAAAAUAAUUUAUACAAGCAAGAAAAGUUGUUGAUUAAAUUCUUCUGAAAGAUCCUUUGCAUUAUUAAUCCCUUAGAUUAAAGACUAAGAUUUAAGUUGAAUAAGGAUAAUAUGGUGAUGCUUUGGCUAGUUUAAAUAAGAUGUUAAAUGAAUAACCAAAAGAUAUUGAUGUUUUAAAAGAGAAAGGUAAAUUUAAUAUAUGAAUAUCUUAAAGCGUUUGUAUUAGAAAAGUUGAAAAGAUUAGAAGAUGCUUUAUAAUGUCAUAAUUAAAUCAUAGAGGAAGAAACAAAUUAAACAAAAAAUGAAAAAAAAGGUAUAGAUUUAUAAAUAAUUUUAGCUAAUAUUUAUAUGAAACUUGGAAAAGUCAAAGAAGCAUCAGAAAUAUUUGAAAGUUUGAAUAUAAAACCAAAUUUGGAUGAUCCAUAAACAUAUAUUUUUAAGGGUAAUAUUAUAAAAAAGAUAAAAUUAGGAAAGUUAUUAUUAUCAUAAGAGAAAUUUGAAGAAGGAAUGAGUUUAUUAUAAGAAGGACUUGAAAAGAAUAAGAAUAAUAUAGAAAUUAUGUAAUUACUUGCUUAGUUUUAUAAAGCAAAAAAAAAUGAAAAAGAAGCUUUAAAUAUUCAUAAAUAAGUUUUAGAGAUUGAUAAAAAUAAUGAUUGUUCUAAUUUUGAAAAAGGUAAUAUUUAUAAAAUAAUUUAGGUGUGAUUUAUUGUGAUUAGAAUUUAUAUAAAAAAGCAUUAGAAUCUUUUAAGAAAAUAAAACAAUUGGAUUUUAAUGAGUUAUGUUAUUUUUACUUUGGAUUAUGUUAUUAUAAAAUUGAAGAUUAUAAAAAUGCUAUCAAAAAUUUAUCUAAUUAUGUUAAAUUGGGAAGGACAAAAUUAGAGGAAACCUAUUUUAUGGUAAUAUAUAAAAUUUAUGUAUUUUAUAGUUAGGUGGUGCUAAUUUGUUUUAAUUAAAAUAUGAUGAAGCAGAAGAAAAUUAUUUAAAUUGUAUAAAGUAGAAUCCAAAUAAUUCUGAAGCUCAUUAUUAAUUAGGAAAUGUUUUUAAAUAAGAUAAAUAAAUUGAAGAAGCUAAAAAAUAUUAUGAAUUAGCUCAUAAUAUUGAACCAUAUAAUGAAAUAUACAAAUAGACUUAUGGUAUAAUUAUAUUUAUAUUAAAAGAAACUUUUAUAAAUGAAAAAAACUAUUUAGUUGAUUAUAGCAAUAGUUUAUUAUUUACUAUAUCUACAUUUAUUGGAAUAUGUUAAUUAAAUCAAAAAUAACAAGAUUAUGAUUAAUAAAAGAUUGAGAAAUAUUUGAACAUUUUACUUCUUUUAGAAACUCAUUAAAAAAAAAGAUUCAAUUCUAUUGAAAAUCAUUUUGAAUAAAUAAAAUAAUUAAUAGCCAAAUCAUAUGAUAUGUAAUAUACAGUUAUAGAUGAUACUUUAUUUCCAAUAAUGUAAUAUUGGCAUAAUUAAAAAAUAUGUAAAAAGAAGAAAGAUGUUAAUGAUUUUGUAAAUUCAAUUAUUAAUGCAGUUAAAUUAUUAGUAAAUAUAAAUAGUGAAAAGAUACUUAAUGUAAUUAAUAGUGAAAGAACUUUGAAUAAUAAAUAUUGUAUUGAAUUUGCUGAAAAAAUCUAACAUGAAUCAUAUUAAAAAAGAAGUGGAUGUUUAGGUUUGAUUGAUGGUAUAAAAAUACUUGGAUUUCUAUUAAAAUAUCAUAAGGAUUUUACUAAAGAUCGAAUGGUCUUUUAAGAACUUAUUGCUACAAAAUAUUAAAUAGAAGAAAUAUAGAUAUUUCAUGAAUCCUACUUUAAGUAAUGA